ACUCAGGCUGUACUGAUGGAGUCCUUCUCAGCAUCAACCAACAGCUUCAGUGUGGACCUUUACAAAAAGCUGGAUGAAACAUCGAAAGGACAAAACAUUUUCUUUGCUCCUUGGAGUAUUGCAACUGCUCUCGCUAUGGUCCACCUGGGUGCAAAAGGUGACACGGCAAUGCAGAUAGCUAAGGUUCUUCAUUUUAACCAGACUGCAAGAGAAGAAAGUCCUUCUGAGAUGACAGCACCUUCUAUGGGGAGACCAAAGAAAAGAGACAUGGGUCCUGAGUAUGACGAAACUGAAAACAUCCACUCUGGCUUCAAAGAACUCCUUUCUGCCAUCAACAAACCCAGAAACACUUACUUGCUGAAAAGCGCUAACCAACUGUUUGAGGACAAGACCUACCCAUUACUGCCUAAAUUUUUAGAACUCAUCACAAGGUACUACCAAGUAAAGCCACAAGCUGUGAACUUCAAGACAGAUGUAGAACAAGCCAGAGCACAGAUCAAUUCCUGGGUUGAAAAUGAAACUGAGCGGAAGAUCCAGAAUCUGCUACCUGCAGGAUCUCUUGAUUCUCACACUGUAUUGGUCUUAGUAAAUGCUAUUUACUUCAAAGGAAACUGGGAAAAGAGAUUUCUGAAAAAAGAUACAUCUGAGAUGCCCUUCAGAUUAAGCAAGACCAAGACUAAACCAGUACAGAUGAUGUUUCUGACAGAUACAUUUUUAAUGUUCCACGAACAAACAAUGAAAUUCAAAAUUAUUGAGUUGCCAUAUGUGGAAAAUGAAGUCAGCAUGUUCAUACUCCUACCAGAUGACAUCAGCGAUAACACUACUGGGCUGGAGCUGGUAGAAAGAGAGCUGACCCACAAAAAAUUAGCUGAAUGGUCAAACUCAGCCAGUAUGAUGAAAGUUGAAGUGGAACUCUACCUGCCCAAGUUGAAGAUGGAAGAAAAUUAUGAUCUUACAUCCACUUUGAGCAACAUGGGGAUACAAAAUGCUUUUGAUCCUGUUCAGGCUGAUUUCACAAGGAUGUCAGCGAAGAAGGACCUCUUCAUAUCAAAAGUUAUCCACAAAGCUUUUGCGGAGCCUUUGAAUAUGGAUAGCCUCAGUACAGCAAAUUCCACUUUUGCUCUCGACCUCUUAAGACAGCUGCGUGAGAAAAGCAACACAAAGAAUCUGUUCUUUUCUCCUUUUAGUAUUUCUUCUGCUUUGUCUAUGAUUUUGUUGGGUUCGAAAGGUAACACUGAAUCCCAAAUAGCAAAGGUGCUUUCUUUGAACAAAGCUGAGGAUGCUCACAAUGGGUAUCAAUCGCUUCUCUCUGAAAUUAACAACCCUGACACCAAAUACAUCCUCAGAACUGCUAAUCGACUUUAUGGAGAAAAGACAUUUAAGUUUCUCUCAUCAUUUGUAGAAUCGAGUCAGAAAUUCUACCAUGCUGGCCUAGAACAGGCUGACUUCAAAAAUGCUUCAGAGGAUUCCAGAAGGCAAAUAAAUGGCUGGGUGGAAGAGAAGACUGAAGGUAAAAUUCAAAAACUGUUGGCAGAAGGAAUUAUUAACUCAAUGACCAGACUUGUGUUGGUGAAUGCUAUCUAUUUCAAAGGCAACUGGGAACAGAAGUUUGACAAGGAGUGCACAAAUGAAGUGCCGUUUAAAAUUAAUAAGAAUGAGACCAAACCUGUGCAGAUGAUGUUUAGAAAAGGUAAAUAUAACAUGACCUAUAUUGGAGACUUGGAGACCCAAGUCCUUGAGAUCCCUUACGUUGGUAAUGAACUCAGUAUGAUCAUUCUACUCCCUGAUGCAAUUAAGGAUGAAUCUACUGGCUUGGAAAAGCUGGAAAGAGAACUUACAUAUGAGAAGCUGAUGGAUUGGAUUAAUCCUGAAAUGAUGGACAGUACAGAAGUGAGGCUGUCAUUACCCAGGUUUAAACUAGAAGAAAGUUAUGAUCUGAACCCCAUCCUGAGCAACAUGGGAAUGCGUGACGCAUUUGACUUACAGACAGCGAACUUCUCAGGAAUCUCCUCUGGUAACGAGCUUGUGCUCUCUGAAGUGGUUCACAAGUCUUUUGUGGAGGUCAAUGAAGAAGGCACUGAAGCAGCAGCUGCCACAGCAGGGGUGAUGAUGCUCCGCUGCGCUAUGAUCGUUCCCAACUUCACUGCCGAUCAUCCCUUCCUCUUCUUCAUCCGGCACAACAAAACUUCCAGUAUUUUGUUCUGCGGCAGAUUUUGUUCUCCCUAAAGAGACAGAAAAGGCCAUUAACACAGUAAUGUGAUUUCUUUUAGGGUAGAACUGCUCUUUUGCACUAACUGCUUCUUUCCGCUGUGCCUGAAUCCACUUAUCUGGUUGUCAUUUUGGGCUUGUGUAGAGUAACAAAGCUGUUUCUGCAUACACAGCAGCUAUAACUUAAAACAGCUGCCUUACACUUUGCACUUGAGUUGUUUUCUUGCUGGCACAAGAAACACGAACAUCCCAUUUGCUCAGUGAACUUCCUCCUGUCAUGUAUUUUCUAUUGCACUUUGCUUUUUGUGGCCACCAGAUAGCAAGGCAACAUUAAAAAAAAAAAGUUGAUUUUGUUUCUGACUAUAGUGGAAGAUAUCUUAGGCUCUGCUCCCCAUUUUUCUUCCUAUCCCCACUUAUUUUUAACUUUUUCUUUCUUCUUCAAUGUUUCAAUUAUGAAGGGAGGCUUUGGCAAGCUGUUUGUAAGAAUUACUAAGCAUCUGCACUAGACAGAGGUUUUAUUAUAACUGGAUUGCACUUAUGCAAGAAUAGGAAUAAAAGUUUUGUCUGUAACAAAUGAUUUUACAGGUUUUCAUGGAGUAAAGAUUCUUAUCUUAACAUCACAUGUGCCACCUGGGAAUAUUAGCUAUCACCUGGUUCAUUAGUCUUUUAAAAAAAGAAUGUUUAAAAAAUAAAUGCCUAUGCAGUAUUUAAGUGACAGAGCUUUAUUUUUUUUUCCCAAUCUUUGUACAUUUUUACCUAUUCUGGGUUUGUUAAGCAUCUUCAUUAAACUGGAUGCCAAAGGUUUCUUAACACUGUGAUUUAUUUGUUUUGCUGUUCUUGAAAGAAUAAACAAACUUGUUGUGAGUGC